CAUUUAUAACACCAUGUAAGUUUUUCAGUUAAAUAAAAAGAAAAAAAAUCAAUGUGUUAUGCAAGAAAAUCAUCAACCGAAUCAUAUUGAUACUAAUCAGGACGCACUUAUGCCGCUUCUUUAGAAGCUCGAAAGUUCUAAACAAUCCUUGUCCAUUACAUCGAAUAGAACGUAUUAUAAACGUGUAUUGCUUACUGUGGCCUAGUUAUUUAGAAGUAAAACAAAAACAAAACUAUCUAUGUUGUAUAGACUGCAUUGCUAACCGAAUUAUACUCAUUUAAUUAUAACAUUUUCAGUGAUUUAAUUAUUUAAUUAAAUUUAUUGACGUUCCAAGGGAAUGGAAGAAAAGGCGAUUUUGGAUAUUUCUGAUUUGCGAUGCACCGAAAUAGAUUCUGGGAAUACAGUACUCGAGGGAUUAUUGGGAGGAACUCAUAAUUUCGAUUCUAAAUUAUUUUCAGAGUAUAAUAAUGACGUAAGGACUAGUCUAUCGAUUAACUGUGAUGACAAUGAUCAAUCGUCAGAAUCACUUAGCACUGAUCAAAGUAAUAAUGUAGUCAACGCCAAAAGGAAACAACGUAGAUACAGAACUACAUUUACUAACUUUCAACUAGAGGAAUUAGAAAAUUCUUUUCAAAAAACUCAUUAUCCUGAUGUAUUUUUUCGUGAAGAGUUAGCUUUACGGAUAGACUUAACAGAAGCAAGAGUACAAGUAUGGUUUCAAAAUCGAAGGGCUAAAUGGCGUAAGCAAGAAAAAUGUUUAGUCAAUCAGCAUCAAAAUCCACAUCAUGAACAAAAUACUAUUCAUUCUUGCUUAUCAGACAAUCAAAUUUUCGAGACAUCUUCGGGUUUAAUAUCUCCACAAGCAGAUUGGAACAGCAUUUGCUCUUACAAUUCUUUUCAGUCGCCUUCAUCAUUUGAUAAAGACUUACAAUCAAUUGAUAUUGAUAGUGAUCUUCUUAGGUUCAAAUCAAGAGUUAAUGAAAACGAAUUACUUAUGAUACCACCAUCAUAGUUUGUAGUUAUUAAAUAUUUCUUGGUUAUUGUUUUAACUUUUAUUUUUAGUAAUAAUUGUUACUUAAUAAAUAAUUAUUGAAUUAUUGAAAUAGUUGUGUUAUUUUAUAACUCAUUUCAUUAGAUGUAAAAUGUU